GCACUCUGGGAGUUCCCGCUCUGCCCACUCUGACACGAUAUCCUCCUGCUGGGACAGGGGACACGGAGCUGAGGACAUCGCUGUGACCGAGACAGAAGCCCCCAUACCCAGCUCCCUCCCCAGGAUGGAUGUGGGGCUCCCCCCUGGGCUCCACCUGCUGCUGCUCCUGCUGGUGGUGCCCCUCAGGGGCCAGGCCAGCCCAGGCUGCUACGGGAUCCCAGGGAUGCCAGGCCUGCCCGGGGCACCUGGCAAGGAUGGUCAUGAUGGGCUGCGAGGGCCCAAGGGCGAGCCAGGAAUCCCAGCCAUCCCCGGGACCCGAGGACCCAAGGGGCAGAAGGGAGAUCCUGGCACACCUGGCCAUCCUGGGAAAAAUGGUCCCAUGGGAGCCCCUGGAAUGCCGGGAGACCCAGGGCUCAGGGGCCUCCCUGGGUUGCCAGGUGAGGAGGGCAGAUACAAGCAGAAGCACCAGUCUGUGUUCACAGUCACUCGGCAGACAGAAAGUCAUCCGACAGCCAACAGCCUGGUCAGGUUCAACGCAGUCAUCACCAAUCCACAGGGCGAUUAUGAUAGGGCUACAGGCAAGUUCACCUGCAAGGUGCCCGGCCUCUACUACUUCGUCUAUCACAGCUCGAUGACCGACAACCUGUGUGUGCAGCUGUACCGCAGCGGCGUCAGGGUGACUACCUUCUGCGAACACAUGUCACAGGGCAGCCAGCAGGACAGCAAGCAGGUCACCUCGGGUGGUGCACUAGUGCACCUCCAGCAGGGCGAGCAGGUGUGGCUGGGCGUCAACGACUACAAUGGCAUGGUGGGCACCCAGGGCUCCGACAGCGUCUUCUCUGGCUUCCUGCUCUUCCCUGACUAGCACGGGCAGCCUGCUGAAACCCCAGGGCAGCCUGCCUCCCUUGAGUUCCCACCUCUUCUCUCAGUCCUUCUCCCCACCUGAGGGACUUGUCCUCCAGGACGCCCACCCUGACUUCCUGUCCCUCAAGUCUCCUUCUCCUCUGUGCAUCGGGAGUCACUAUUGCACCCUCUCUUUGACUUCACCAUUUCCUUCUGGGACCAUCGUUCAUGUUUCUCAAAUCUGGAAAGAGGCGGGAAGGUAUCUCAAUAAAUAAGUAAUUCAAUUAAUA